AUGAACAAUAAAUUGUGGUGGCUGUCAGUGGUGUCGGUACUUGUGUUGGUGGCAGCAACGACCUACGCAAGGAAUUUUGACGAUGAUGAUGACGAUGUAAUAGACGAUAUUGGAGGAGAAAGAAAAGGAAAGAUUUUGUUUCCAUUUAUCAGUAUCGUCAGAUUUGCAAAUUCUGAUUGUUCGAGUACGAACACUAUGAAUGGGACGUGCCUAGCUAGACGCGAAUGCAACAAUCUCAAUGGAACUAUAACUGGGACUUGUGCCGCACGACGAGGAAGAUGUUGCGUAGUGUCGAGAAGUUGUGGGUCUACAACGAAUGUGAACAAUACAUACUUCACAAGUCCAGGCUACCCCGCAGCCUUUGCAGGCGGACAGGCAUGUAACCUUAUUGUGAAUCGCUGUAACAAUAUGAUAUGCCAGCUCCGAAUUGAAUUCCUGGACCUCGUCCUGGCACAGCCGAAUGGUGAUGGUGUUUGUAACGUGGACUCACUGACUAUAACAGGAGGAAAUACUCAAGUGCCUGUAUUAUGUGGGGACAAUACUGGGCAAACCAUCUUCGUUGACUUUAACGGAAAUGCUGCAAUUACAAUUACCGUAGCAGCAACUCUUGCUACUUCAUUUGGUAGACGAUGGAAUAUGAGAUUAACACAACUUGGCUGUGAUUGUCCAGGAUUAGCGCCAAACGGUUGCCUCCAAUAUUAUACAGGCAGGAGUGGAACGAUAACAAGUUUUAACUAUGGAACACCAGCAAACGCGGUGCUCAGUGGCUCCUUGGUAACGGGAACGCGACAAAUCGCAAAUACCAAUUAUGGUAUUUGUAUAAGAAUGGAAGCAGGAUUUUGUGGAAUUCAAUAUGCACAAACGGGAGGUGAUAAUUUCUCGUUCACGGUGACCGGCGACGUGGAGGGUGCGGAUAACACAGUGUUAGGAACCGCGGUCGGUGCAGUGAAUGGGCUGGCAUGCACUACGGAUUUCGUGGUCAUACCUAACCCAGUAAAUACCGCUACAAGUCAGCCUAUAGGAGUAGACCGCUUUUGUGGUCUUGGCUUUGUUCCAGUUACGUCAACGCUUAAGCCUUUCGUGUUAUACGUCGUUACCAACGCUAAUGAAGGUGCAGUGGGCGCUACACCACCAGAUAUCGCCAAUAGGGGUUUCUCAAUAGGAUACUCACAAACGGCCUGCUAA